AUGAGUGCGGGCAGUAAUUAUGACAGUCACGGAGUGGAAAGGCAAGGAAUUUACCAAGUGUCAGGUUUUCCGAAUGUGUUACGUGCAAUAAAUUCCACGCACAUUGUUAUUAACAAACCAGCAGUACCUGACUGGUUUGUCUACAUUAACCGGAAAAAUAAAUUUUCGAUUAAUGUCCAAAUGGUAAGAAACUGUAUAAUAAUAAAUAUGGUUUUAUUAUGUUUUGGUGUGAUGAAAUCUAGAUUUAGAGCACUACAUGAUACCGGUGGAACAAUCUUGUAUUCGCCGAAUAAGGUAUGUAAAAUGGUAGUUGCUACAGCUAUUUUGCAUAACAUAUGCUUAAAAUAUGGUGUAGAGAAUCCCGAGAUUAAUGAAUUAGCACUUUCUGAUGGCUCUGGAUCUUCAUCUUCGAAAACUUCAAGUGUUGCUAUUGCACUGCACGAUGAAUUAGCCUUGAAUUUUGAAGGUGGAAG